GCCGGCCUGCUCUAUAUAUGUAUGUAAGUUCAAUGACUGUACACAGUGUGAAGUCACAGCUGUGUCCAAAUGGGUUUAUUAUGGACGUCACUGUAUGAAUCCCUCAGACUGAAGAGGGAGAAACACUCUGCUUUACCGUUUGUUGUUUGCACUGUAUGACUUUCCUUAUUCUCUUCAUGCCUGUAUAAUUGGUGUGUAUUUUUAAUGUUGACUUCACAUGUUAGGGGGAGACUGUAUGUGUGUGUUGGGGAGUGGUGGCAGUAUCAGUUUUAUCCCGUUUAUAGCACCGGUCUCUCUCAACAGGCAAAUCACUGCAGCUCCAGGUGCGGAAGGAGCAGGAUCCCUUAUCCGCACUCCGGUAAACCUGCUCCGUAACGUAAUAUUUCAUAAGUUCACCGUUUACUCGUUCAGCUCCAGCGAUGAAGGUCCUCGCCAAAAUGCUGCUAGUCGGAGCCACGCUGGCGGCGUUCUUCUGGAGAGACUCCUUCGAUGCAGGGUCCCUGCGAGGUGCCAGGGUGCUGGUGACAGGCGCCAGCACGGGCAUCGGGGAGCAGCUCGCCUACUGCUACGCCCGCCUCGGUGCCCAGGUGGUCAUCACGGCUCGGAGGGAGAACGUCCUGCAGCAGGUGGCCCGGCGGUGCGCGCAGCUCGGAGCCCAGAAGGCGCUCUACGUGACCGGGGACAUGGCGACGACCUCUGACCCCAGCAGGGUGGUGAAGUUCGCCGUGGAUGAACUGGGGGGGCUCGACUACCUCGUGCUCAACCACAUUGGACGCUAUUCCUUCUCGCCGUGGAGCGGAGACGUGCAUCAUGUCCGAGGGCUCAUGGAGGUGAACUUCCUCAGCUACGUGCAGCUGGCGUCCGCGGCGCUGCCCUCUCUCGAGAAGAGCAAGGGCUCCAUCGUCGUCGUCUCCUCCCUGUUGGGGAAGGUGAGCACCCCGUUCACGGCGCCGUACACCGCCACCAAGUUCGCCGUCAACGGCUUCUUCUGCACGCUGCAGCACGAGCUGGCCAUGCGGAGCAGCGACGUGUCGCUGACCAUCAGCAUCCUGGGCCUCGUUGACACCGAGUCGGCCAUGGAGAAGGUCAGUGGGCGCACGAGGGUGGUGCCGUACCCAGCCGGCGAGGCGGCUCUGCACGUCGUUCGCGCCGGGAGCCUCCGCCAGAAGGAGUCCUUCUACCCCUGGUACACCCACCUGGUUUGCCUCGUCAGAGACUGGUGUCCGUUCUUCCGCGAUGUCAUUAUCCGCAACUCCUACUACUAGGGACCAGGGGGCGCCGGAGAGCGACCACUCGGGGGCGUCCGGGAGCUGCGGGAACUGUGGGAACUGUGGGGAUGGUGGAAAGGUGCACUGGGGCUCCGAUGAAUCCCUGAGUCUCAGUGCUCAGCAGGGUCCAAGAGCUGCUGUCCUGCUGUGUCAGUAAGAACACUGGUAACUGAAUAAAUUACUUCUUUGAUUUUUCCUGUAAAGUAAAUCUUCCCUCUGUGUGGGGGGGGCACUUUAAUAAGGGCUUAAAAUUGUGGAAGUUCUGUGAGAUUUGGGGAAGGGAGAUGUGUGGGGCUGCUGGAGACCAUGAUGAUGCUGCGCGGUGUUUCGCCAGCAGGUGGCGCUAUUUAGCAGGUUAUGAAGGGCAGCACAUUUAACAGGUACUGAACUGUUUCCAGGUUCCUUCUGAAUUUACCU